UGUGUAUUUGGGGCACCACUCAGAGGAGAACCCGUUGGCAGAAGAAACCAGGGAGGUGGACAAGGAUAGAGUGUCACCCACUGUAUAACCUCACCGGGAAGGGUGAGCACGACAUGUGUCUGCUGCAUCUCUCUGCUCCAGUGAUCUUCAAACCCCACAUCCAGCCCCUGUGCCUGGGCGCCCACGGCAGCCGCUUCCCCUCAGGUUUCCCCUCCUGGGUCGCAGGCUGGGGAGCGCUGAACGAGAGUGGAUACUCUCCUGACUCGCUGCAGGAGGUGGAGCUUCCCAUCGUGGGGUUGAACGAGUGCAGGUGCCUGAACGAAGUGUAUGUCCCAGAGAAGACCAUCUGUGCUGGACGCAGAGAGGGAGGAGUGGACUCUUGUUUUGGUGACUCAGGAGGUCCUCAGGUGGUCCGGAUGAACUCGAUCUGGGUACAGGUGGGCGUGGUGAGCUUCGGUGAAGGCUGUGCCCGCCCAGAGCGCCCGGGGGUCUAUGCCCUGGUGCCCGCAUACCAAGAAUGGAUCAGCCAGGUGGUGGGCACCUCCAGCGCGCCCGGCUUUGUGCUCUUUGACCCCCCGGAUGACGACUCCGAUGAGGAAUAUGUCUGCGAAUACAAGAACAUAGAUGAUUAUUAUUAUGGGUCUGUGCUGGACAGUGGACCCCAGGUGCUCUGCAGUCCACUCUUUACACUGUUGACUAUUGUGUUGUGUGUCAGAAUAACAUUGUAAAUAACUGUGCUAACAUUGUAAUGGCUCAUUUAAAAGUGCACUGUGUAACUUUUCUGGUGGAGGAUCUGUGAAAUGCUUUUCUGCAUGGAGAUCUUGUUGUUAUUGUUUGGUCUGGGAUGUUUCACAGUAUGGUACUAAACCUUUCUAUCUUCAUGGAGACCAAACCAGGUCAAGUUACAGGUCAGAUCUGUGGACAGGCAACCCCGCUCACAGUUAGAAUGCCUGUUUUUCUAAAUAUUUUUCAGCUAUAAAACUACCUGUAAUUUAAAAACAUUCCAGGCACAGCAAUGACAAGUAGGUGACGGACCCUCAACCAAAAAGUUACAUAGGGCACCUUUAAGCUCCACUUUUGUACAUAAACAGCAACAAACAUAGUAAUCAUCGAAAUACAGAGAGGCCACAUAAAGUCUGGCCAGAUGUGACAGAGAUUUAACUUUCUUUAUUUGAUUAUUUUAAUUAAACAACAAACUCAGGAAAAACAGAUAAUCACAAGUUAAACUCUACAAAACACACUGUAUAAAAAGCACAGAGCCUGAUUAGUCCUGCAUUAAUACUUAGAAUGAUCUCUCUGUAUGUUUUAUACACGGAGAUGCCUGUGAGGUCCCCACUCCAGGACCACACCUUGAGCCAGAACCAAACGUCCAAUCAGAUUUGUUUAUUGAGUGACACGUGAAACGAAAGAAGCUCAUUGGUCACCUAUCAUUUAAAACAAACUUGCAUUUUUCACCCCAGAUUAAGAGUUUUACUGACCAUCCAUGUCCCUCGCCUGACCAGCCAGACCCUUCUACAUUCUGUUCGAAUCCACAAGGGUCUGUAACUGGACCAUAGAGCAGGAAAAACCUCUGUCCAAACUUGAGAUGAUCCAACCACAGCUACACACUAAUUUGCAUCGCGUGUCUCUGAAACAUUCAAAACUAAAUAUAUAACUUCUUUUACCUGAAAUAAGUUAUAGUUUGGUGCUUCAGUUGUUGAUUCUGUGAAAAAUAUGCUCUGUUUCUCAGUCUUUUUUGUUGAUUUUUCUCCUUUUUUAUGUUUAAGCAGCCAUGUUUGCUGAUUAUAUAUUGUGUCAGAUAAAAUGUGUUUGAAAUCUACAUGAAAUAAAAAACAAAAGAAGGUUCUGAAGUAAACUGAAGUGCAACAGGUUCAAGUUUAAGUGACAGACUUGACUCAAAUGUCAUCUUAUUGUUACUGUUACUGUUUUUCUUAGAAUUAUUGGUGUUAGAUUUCGCUGUGUCCUGAGCAAAGAAUAACACAAUACCUGUGUUAUAUCAGAUAAACCUCAGGGAGGUGCAGGGUGGGUGGUUUUUAUCAUGGUUUUAAGAUCACAUUAUUUUUUAAUCUGUGUAAAACAGAGCAGAGCUACAAUGGACCAGAGCUGUUUAGUCUUAGUUUUGGUCAUUUUCAUGCUAAAAGGUAAAUACUUUUUAUUAUUAUUAUUAUUAUUAAAACCUCAAGUAUUUCUUUUAGUUAUGAACAGAAGUACAUAGGCUUACUAUAUAGUGAAAGUUUUUUAUUU